UUUGUCACCGACCAAGAGAGAAAGAGAGAGAACUUAUUCCCAAGCACUCCUGCCCUCUCAUCCCAGUCCUUCUGAGCUUUUCAGGGAUAAAGCACACACAUGCUCACAUGCUCACAUGGGAAACUGUUCAGGACGAGUAAUCUGAGAUAAACGAGCGAGGAAAGAGUGUGGGAAAGAACGAGAAACACAAGAGACCGCAUCACGCAGACAUUCCACAGCAGGGAGACGACCCAGCGCACAUCUGGAGGAGAAAGGGGGAGGAAGGGACGGGCAGAGCUGCAGAAGAACGGAGCGAUUUAAAGAAAGCGUGCAUGUUUAUGUGAUGGCCUUGGAGGUCCCGCGUCCAGCCUUACGAGAAGCAGCGACCCCCGACUCUGAGGAAGAGGUUUAGAGACUCCCGCCGCCCCAACGACCCCCAAGACACAAGAAUGAGUGGCGAUGUCCUCUAGCUAACCUCUCACAGCGUUCAUGCCGCUCUGCAUUUCUGCGUAGCGUGCACGUGUACCCGUGGAUGUUUCAGGAAUUCAGGCGCUCCGGAGGGUGUAUGGCCGUGCGCAGGCUGGUGGUGGUGGCGGCGGCGGUGGCCCUGCUUUCUCUGGUGCUCAACAACUUGGCGACAUUCAACUCCAGCUGGGUGCUGCAGGUGCUGGAGGACGGACGGCGGCGGAGUGUCGGACUCUGGAGAGCGUGUGCACACGAGGACACGCACACUCACGAGCCCACAGCCUGCCAGAGACUCAGCUGGGGAUCGGAGCUCGCGGGGUAUCAGGAGUCACGCAGCACUGUCAAACUUCAGUUUGACAUGAUGCGGGCAUGUAACCUGAUGGCUACGGUGGCUCUGACCGUGGGUCAGCUAAUCUUCCUGUUUGGGUUACUGGAGAUAAGCCACAUUACCCAGGAUUCUCAGUGGUGGGAGGAAGCCAUCGCUGCCCUGUUCCAGUUAGCCAGUUUUGUGCUGGUGAUCGGUCUGGUGACGUUCUACAGGAUCGGCCCCUACACUCACCUGUCCUACGCCUGCUAUGUUAACAUUGCUGCUUGCUUGUUUGCCACGUUAGCGGCCGCCAUGCUAAUCUGGAAUAUUCUGCAUCGCCGUGAUGACUGCAUGUCUCCGUCGGUCAUCGUUAUCAGCCGAUCUCUGACCACACCCUUCAGGCCGCGCCUAGACAAUGACUACGUAGAGUCGCCAUGCUGACACACAAAGACACAUCUCACCUGAGACAAAACACAGGGUGGAUAUUUAGACGGACGGACACAAAUACACAUGGAGAGGAUUUCUAUCAUUUUAUGUGAAAUUGAUCUCCUGGACGGACUUCAUGCUUAAGGAUGAGGGCAGUGAUCCUGUGACUGCAGAAAGUGGUUUCGGACUGAAAGGAAGCCUUUUGAAACUCAUUAAACACAGAAGCAGGACUGUGGAUUGCAAAGAAUACAACUGACAGAUAAAGAUCAAGCUGGAUCUUGACACAUUUAUAUUCAUAACUGCACUUAAGAGAAAGUAGAAGCACAUUCAUAUGCACAUGUAUCUGUUAUAGUUCUAUGAAACAUGGAGCUUCAGAUUUCAAAAGGAGUCUAGGCAUUGAAUAUUGCUCACAGGUCAAUUGAAUCUAGUCCUUUACAGGCCGGCAUGGAAUCUGCACGUUUAUACAUGUUCUCUGCUAAUUGAAGGGAAAAAAAUUUCGGAUAGAUUUUAAUUAGGAAAUUUUCAAAUGUCCAAUCACAUUUUACUCCAUUUUUUUUUUUUUUGUGUUUUGCAUAAAGAAGCCAAGUCUAUUUUUUUAGAAACAUUGCAAUAUUUUGCAUUAUGACAUUACAUUUAUAACAAAUAAGCACAUUUGCCCCCAAAUUCUCAAAAUGUGUU